ACCGUCUGACCGCCUGGCCCUCUGUGGCCGGACCGCCUGACCGUCUGGCCCUCUGUGGCCGGACCGUCUGGCCCUCUGUCGCCGGACCGUCUGGCCCUCUGCCGCCGGACCGUCUGGCCCUCUGCCGGCCAGACUGGCCCUCUGUCGCCGGACCGUCUGGCCCUCUGCCGCCGGACCGUCUGGCCCUCUGCCACUGGACCGUUUGAAGCCUGGCUGUCGGCUGCCGGACCGUCCUUUGGUGGCCUGUCCCCAGAGCUGACUUGAGCAAGUAAGGUUGGGUUGGUGGGGAAAGCCAGUAAAGGGUUGAUAUUGCUGGUUGACUUGUAUUCCUUGUGUUUGUGUGUUUGCGUAUUGGUGAUUGGUCGAUGUAUUGUAUGUAUUGUGUGUGAUUCUUAGAUUGCUGGAUAUUGGUAAGGGAUCAGUCGGGGUCGGAGAGCACAACCUUUCUCCCUUUUUGCCUGGGGGCGUAUCAUAUUAGGUUAAGUUUAGGGUUAAGUAUGGCAUCUCGGGAAGAACUAAGCGGUAAGAAGGCCUCCGAGUUACAGCAGAUGCUAGAGGAUCGUGGUUUGGAUCCCUCCGGUAAGAAAUCAGAGUUAGUAGAGAGACUUAUAAAGGCGUCGGGAGCUGGGAACGGUUCGAGAGGAGCUGAUGGUGAGGCAAAGCCCCCAUCGGCCGCGGCUCCCGGUCCGAUGGCCGCUGGUAGUGGUGACCCCCAGUCGCUGCUGCUUCAGUUGAGGAUUUUGAAGGAGAAGGAGGCUCUAACUGAACAGGAGAUAAGCAAUAGGGCUAGGAUGGAGCAGGAGCAGGCUAGAAUCGAUGCUAGGAGACAGCAGUUGGUGUUGGAGGAGAGGUUGGCAGAGAUUGGUAGUCCAGUUGCUGACGCUGAUUUGCGCUCUGCUGCGAUCAACGUCUCUGAGCGUGCGCCUGAGCGGGCUGGCGCGGCAGACGCUCUUGCUCAGCACAUUCAGCGGUCCCUGUUGCCGCGUGCCGAGCUGUCUCCGUUUUCUGGUAAUGUCCAGGAGUAUUGUUUGUUUCUCAGGACCUUUGACAUGUGUGUGGCUAACCGCACCACCGAUCAGAACGAGCUGCUCGCGUAUCUGGAGCAGUUCACGCGCGGGCGUCCAAACAGGCUGGUCAGGAACUGUCUACAUCUUGGCGAGAGUGGUUAUCAGAGAGCCAGGUCGGCUCUAGAGCGAGAGUAUGGGAACCCACACGUUCUCAUAGACUCUUACGUCAAUAAGCUGCGAUCUUGGCCCAAGGUUGCUUCAGGUGACGUGCAGGGCCUCGAUCAGCUGGUUUUGUUCCUUGUUGAGGUGGAGAACGCGAUGACGACCAUCAGCAUGGGCGAGCUGGAACAUCCACGGACUCUGCGCGAGGUGGUUCAGAAGCUGCCCACGUGUCUCAGAGAUCGCUGGCUCCGUGAGGCUGAUAGGCUGAUGGAGCAAGGAAGAGACGGUUCGAAUUUUGGUUUUGUUGGUUUCGGACACUUGGUCGAUUUCUUGGAGAGAGAGUUGAGGGUUCUAAAGAAUCCAGUUUUUGGAGUCUCCAGUUCCAGGUCGAGUGAUGGGCAUGGAAGUCAGAAGGUCAACGCGGUCACGUUCAGCGGGGCUAGGCCUAGUUGUUCAUUCUGCAAGGGUAGCCAUCAUCUUGAUCUGUGUGACAAACUCCGUUUCCGACCUUAUAGCGAGAGAAAGACCUUCAUACAGGAGAGGCGACUCUGUUUUGGAUGCCUCCAGCCUGGUCAUCAAGCCCGCUUCUGCAAGUCCCGACUUACUUGUCAGGUUUGUGGGUCCAGACAUGCGUCUUUGCUGCACAGGACGGCCGACCAGGGGACGGCUGCCAGGGCAGUGGGAGCUGCCGACUCGCCUGCACCUGGGGCUGAAGUGAGGCCAAAGGUUGUCAGCGCGGGUGUCGGCGUGCAGCCCGUCAGCGGCGCCAGUGCGACAAUGAUGCCGGUACUACCAGUCAGUUUGAGAGGUAAGGGAGGGAGAGAGGUGCUCACUAAUGCCUUUCUGGACCAGAGAAGCUCAGGAAGUUUCAUCACGUCACGAUUGGCUGGGCAGUUGGGACUUGACAAGGAGGAGGUGUCUAUCAGGAUUGACACGGUGACUGGGGUAGGUCAGGAGGCCAGAUCUGCGGUGAUGCGUGGAGCCGAGGUCAGUCCGAUUGUCUCUGAUGAGUGUUUCGCCUUGCCGCCCCUUUUCACCUUGGACUCGAUUCCUGUUUCGCUUCAGGACCGAUGUGAGGGCGCUGACCGGAACCAGUGAGAGCAUUUGGCUGAUUUGCCGAUGUGUGAGCUGGAGGCGCCGGUGGAGGUGAUGAUCGGAUCUAACGCCGCCCCUCUCCUCGCAGCUAGAGAGGUUCGGUUACCACCGGCGGGAGUGGGACCUGUCGGAGUGAGGACAUGCCUGGGAUGGUACGUGAUCGGUCCGCGUCGUCCCGGGGCAGGCGGUGAUUCUCGAUUUUGGGUGAACUUCCUUCGUGUCUGUGAGCCCAGGUCGGGUUCGCGAGAGGACUUGGUUGACAUGUUCAACAGCAUGUACGAAUCAGAGUUCGGUGAUGUUUCAGAGGAGUCUGAGCAGUUCUCGGUUAGUGAUGGUCAGUGGCUGAAAGAGGUCAGCUCAACUAUCCGUAAGGAUGACGAGAACCACUAUGAGGUGGCUCUACCAAAGGUGGAGGUAAAACGAUCUAUUCGUGUCUGUCAGGCUGCCCUAGCUGAUGUGGAGGGCGGUCCUUCCGAUGCCUUGGUGAGGCACUACUCCUCUUUCUACAGGCUGAAGAGGGCAGUGGCAUGGCUGCACCGGUUGGGUGAAGUCAUCAGAUCGGGUGCGUAUCGGAGGUUUUGUGUAGCGCGACGUAAGGGUCUGCGGGUGAGGAAACCCGACUUUCGCGUGGUUCUGGAGCUGUCAGACCUUCAGAAGGCGGAGAUGGCGGUGUUACGGUACGCACAGUGUGCUAUGCCAGAGUAUCCGGGAGGGCUGGUCGCUGAUGGUCCGUUAGUUGUGAAGAAGGGCAGUUCAUUGAGUUCUCUCGCACCUCAGAUGAGUGACGGCCUCCUGGUUGUCGGAGGUCGCUUGAGUUCCUCGCCCUCUCUUUCAGAGCGCUCGAAACACCCGGUCAUUUUGCCCAGACGGCAUCACGUGGCUCGGCUGCUCUUGAGAGACGCUCACGUGGCAGCAGGUCACCAAGGGAGAGACCACACGCUGUGGAAACUCCGAGAGAGAUACUGGAUCGUAGGAGCGAGCUCAGAUGUCCGAAAGAUGAUCAGGUCAUGUGUGGUUUGCCGAAAGGUAAACGCUCGUCCACAGGAACAGCUUAUGGCUAGUCUUCCCGAGAGUCGGGUGACGGCUGGCACAGGCGCGUUCGAGAAGGUAGGGUUGGAUGUGUUUGGUCCGUUUUUGGUGAAGUCUGGGAGGGGUGAGAGAAAGCGCUUCGGGCUGAUGUGCACUUGCCUGGUUACCCGGGCGGUGCAUGUGGAGGUGCUGUGUUCGUUGACCGCCGAUUCCCUCAUUAACGCUGUCCGCCGGAUUUCGGCACGGAGGGGAGCAAUUCGAUACGUUAUCAGUGACCGUGGGACCAAUUUGGUUGGUGCAGAUAGAGAGCUUCGGGAAGCUCUGAGGGAGGUGGACUAUGACAGGCUGCACGGUGAAUCUGUGAAGCACGGUAUUCACUGGGAGUUCAACCCCCCGACUGCAUCACAUUUCAGUGGAGCUACAGAGCGUCAGAUUAGAACGUUUAGAAAGAUUAUGCGUAGCAUGCCUCAGCAGAGACUGGACGAUGAGACUCUUCAGACUCUUUUUUGUGAGAUUGAGGCCGUCAUUAAUAGUAGGCCCCUGAACUACGUAUCGACGAGUGACGGAAAUGUGGAGCCGAUAAGCCCAAAUCAUUUGCUGCUGCUACGUGGAAACGCUAGCGGCGAACCGGGUGAGUUCUCGGAGAACGACUCGUUCUCCCGGCGUAAGUGGAGGCAUGUACAGUACUUGGCGAGCCAGUUUUGGCGCAGGUGGCUCGCUGAGUACGUGCCCACGCUGCAAACCCGUCAGAAGUGGCGGCAGGCAGGUAGGAAUCUUCAGAUAGGAGAUAUUGUUUUGGUUUUAGAUAAGGACCUUCCGAGGGGAAGCUGGCCCCUGGGAAGGAUAGUGCGAGUCUUUCCCAGCGCUGAUAGGUUAGUGAGAAAGGCUUUGGUAAGAACCAGCACUUCAACGUAUCUGAGGCCCAUCCACAAGAUGGUGCUAGUCCACUCGGACUCUGAUUUAGACUGGUAAGUUUAUCAGGAAUGGUUAGAGGGGUUAGUGUUUAAGUCAGGUGUAGAUCGCUGCCUUGUGGUCAUAUUUCCUUCGGGGAGAGGCUGUGGUCUUUCCUUUUGUGCUCUCCGUCUCCUUGAUCACGAGUGACCGCGGACAUUCACACUGAUGUUGAGGUGGUGAGCGCCCGUGCUAGGUUUCAGCAGAGAGCUGAAAGAGGGGAGUGUAAGGGCGCUUACCGUUUUGACGGUUGGUAGUUGACCAUUGUCCGCGCCCAACGCCACCUACGUCGAGUACAGAGAUGCGUUGGAGAUAUAGAGGUCAGCACCUGCUAGGGUUUGUCAUUGAUGACGAGAAUAGAUAGGUAUGGUCGCGUAUUUUUUGUUAGAAUAUCUAUGUGAUGAUUAGAAUAGUCUUUGCAGUAGAAUGUUCGGUGCAUUUGUUUUUAUUUAUCGCGAAAAGUUUAUUCGAGAAAAGGUUUCUGUCCGGCUCUCGGUGUCACUUUGGAUUUUGGAUUGGUUUGGUGUAUUGGCGCGGCGUGCUCUGUGUAUCACACGUACUGGCCGCCCGCCUUUGGGUGGCUCGACUUGGUUUGGAGAGAACUGUGACUCGCCGACUUGGCCCGCUGGGCUGGUGGCCCGCCUUGGAUCGGCGACUUGGUUUGGAGCGUUGGUGUUCGCCUGAUGUUCGUCGGAGACCCCAUUCUGAUGGUACGGGUUUAUGUCUAUGGUAGUAUAUAAAUCUAGCCAAUAGCUUGGUAUAUGUUGCUUGUUCUAUGGAUUCGUACGUGUCAUUGUGUGCAGUUAAAGAAUAUUGGAACAAUUUGGUAUUCGUAUCUUGGUAUUGGAUACUUGCACAUGGAUAGUUGGGUGGUCAGAAUGAGAGAUUGAUCAGUGGCGAUGGCUGGUGCUUGGUUUGGUGUGAGCUUGGUUCGACAAUUUUUCUUUCUUUCUUUCAUCU